UGGCGGGUGGUUAGGCAGAGCCGGUCGCCAUGUCCGCGGGGAGCGCGACGCACCCUGGCGCUGGCGGGCGUCGCAGUAAAUGGGACCAGCCAGCUCCAGCCCCACUUCUCUUUCUCCCACCUGCGGCUCCUGGUGGAGAGGUCCCCUGCAGUGGGGGCAGCCCUGGGGGCUCCGCAGCCGCGCCCUCAGGAGCCUUGGAUGCUGCUGCCGCGGUGGCUGCCAAGAUCAAUGCCAUGCUCAUGGCCAAAGGCAAACUGAAACCAACUCAGAAUGCUGCUGAGAAGCUUCAGGCACCUGGCAAAGGCCUGACUAGCAGUAAAAGCAAGGACGACCUGGUGGUAGCUGAAGUAGAAAUCAACGAUGUGCCUCUCACCUGCAGGAACUUGCUGACUCGAGGACAGACUCAGGAUGAGAUCAGCAGACUCAGUGGGGCUGCAGUGUCAACUCGAGGGAGAUUCCUGACAGCUGAGGAGAAGGCCAAAGUGGGACCCGGGGAUCGUCCUUUAUAUCUUCAUGUUCAGGGUCAGACCCGGGAAUUGGUGGAUAGAGCUGUAAACCGAAUCAAAGAAAUUAUCACCAAUGGGGUGGUGAAGGCUGCCACGGGCACAAGUCCAACUUUUAAUGACGCAACAGUCACUGUUUAUCACCAGCCUGCACCCGUCGCUCAGCUGGCUCCAGCCGUGAGCCACAAGCCUCCUUUCCAGGCAGGGAUGCAUUAUGUUCAAGAUAAAUUAUUUGUGGGUCUAGAACAUGCUGUGCCCACUUUCAAUGUCAAGGAGAAGGUGGAAGGGCCAGGUUGCUCCUAUUUGCAGCACAUUCAGAUCGAAACAGGUGCCAAAGUCUUCCUCCGGGGCAAAGGUUCAGGCUGCAUAGAGCCAGCAUCUGGCCGAGAAGCUUUUGAACCUAUGUAUAUUUACAUCAGUCAUCCCAAACCAGAAGGCCUAGCUGCUGCCAAGAAGCUCUGUGAGAAUCUCUUGCAAACAGUUCAUGCUGAAUACUCUAGAUUUGUGAAUCAGAUUAAUACUGCUGUACCUUUGCCAGGCUAUACACAACCCUCUGCUAUAAGUAGUGUCCCUCCUCAACCACCAUAUUAUCCAUCCAAUGGCUAUCAGUCUGGUUACCCUGUUGUUCCCCCUCCUCAGCAGCCAGUUCAACCUCCCUAUGGAGUACCAAGCAUAGUGCCACCAGCUGUUUCAUUGGCACCUGGAGUCUUGCCAGCAUUACCUACUGGAGUUCCACCUGUGCCAACACAAUACCCGAUAACUCAAGUGCAGCCUCCAGCUAGCACUGGACAGAGUCCCAUGAGCGGACCUUUUAUUCCUGCUGCUCCUGUCAAAACUGCCCUGCCUGCUGGGCCCCAGCCCCAGCCCCAGCCCCCGCCCCCACUCUCAGCUCAGCCUCAGGCACAGAAGAGACGAUUCACCGAAGAGCUGCCAGACGAACGAGAGUCGGGACUUCUUGGAUACCAGCAUGGACCCAUUCAUAUGACUAAUUUAGGUACAGGCUUCUCCAGUCAGAGUGACAUGGAAGGUGCAGGACCCAAGCCAGCAAGUUCCUCUGGCAAAGAGCGAGAGAGGGACAGGCAGUUGAUGCCUCCACCAGCCUUCCCGGGGACUGGAAUGAAAGCAGAGUCUGAUGAGAGGGAUGGGCCUGGGGUCUUCGCAGGGGGCCAUGAUUAUCCAGCCAAGAAGAUGAAAACUACAGAAAAGGGUUUUGGCUUGGUAGCUUAUGCUGCAGACUCAUCUGAUGAAGAGGAGGAACACGGAGGUCAUAAAAAUGCAAGUAGCUUCCCACAGGGCUGGAGUUUGGGCUACCAGUUCCCAUCCUCGCAGCCACGAGCUAAGCCACAGAUGCCGUUCUGGAUGGCCCCGUAGGAAACACUGAACCAGAACAUUGACUCUCAAGGACUCUUCUGUAGCAAUAAUGCAUGUAUUUGAUUUAAACAAGACUUCGGGGGCCUGUACGGAGAACCAUCUUGGACUUUUGCUGAAGUUAGAGAAACACUGUCCCCUUCCUAACGGGCUCCAUUCCUCUUAACAUCCUUAUUUCUGCAGUGGCAUAGCAUCUGUUAAAAUUUACUUAGAAACACACUUGUCUCUGAAGCUUUUUUUAAACAGUGGAUGAAAUGUGCUUGUUGCACACAGCACCCAGACAAGGUUGGUUAAUCCCAUUUAUAUGUGACCGGGCCUAGCCUUUUCCAGACACAUAGCCCUUACUCUGUUGUGAAGAAAGUUUUGGUUGAUUUUACUGCUGUUUAGUAAAAUAAUAACUGGUUAGAAACAAAUCGUGUUUAUUGGGUGGAAGGUAGUGAUAUUAAGGCCAUUCUAUACUUUCAGUACUUAAUUGUAAGAGCCUCAUUCAUGUUUCAUUUUUGCAUUCUUCAGAGAAAAUGCUUUUGUACUAAAUUCAAACUAUUGGCUAUAGCUGGAUCCUGGGUAGGAAAAUGAAGUUAUUUUUCCUUGUGUCUUACUUUUGGGAUGAUCCAAAGGCUGGCCCCCUCAGGCACACUUAUCUUGGCCAUUGCUUUUUAAAAAAUUGCCCUUCUCAGCUCCUUGUCUUCAGCUGGGUCAGAGGAAACGACUUGACCAAAAGCUGGUCAGAAUUCAUCACAAAUGAAACACAGUGGUCUGUCUCUCUCAGAAGUGGUUGCAGCUAAACUAGAGAGAUUUGACUGCUCGCAAUAGGAUGGUGGACUUAGUGACUGAAGUUGCAACUUGUCCUUUUUUCUUGGCAAUUACAGUUUUGCCAAAAGAACUUUUUUGUAUCAGACAUUGAUGUGUGAAAGUGAAGGAGCUAGUCUGCUGAACCAGAAGUAGUUUGAAAUACCGAACUGUCAUUUUUGCACAUUUGAACACUUGGCAGGCUGGCUUUGUAUAAACGUGUCCUCUGGUUUGCUAAAUGUUGUAAAUAUUUAGACCAUAAUUUCAUUAUAAAUAAAUGGACAACUAUUCA